AUGGCAGAGGAAAUUCGGAAGGGAUUAAAGAAAAAACGAAGUACCGCGAAGGGAAGAUUUCACAGAAUAUACGGACGUCUUCUGGAGAAAAUUCAGGAUGAAGAAGAAUCAGAAGUAAUCAAACAGAUGUUAGAUGAUCUAGAACAGUCAUACAAGGGCAUGGAAGUUCGGCAUUGUGAGUAUCUAGAGAACUUUGAUUCAGACAAUGAAGACGACAAAACUAAAGUGGACGAAGUGAACCACGAUAUGAACACUUUAUACAAAGAGUUGUGUAAAGCGAGAUCCCUUUGUUUCAAAUUAACAACACAAAAGAAUGCAUUGAAAGAAAAGUGCGGUAAAAACCAAUCUUUAAAGGUGAAAAAAUUGGAUCCACCACACUUUAGUGGCAAGAUACGGGACUAUCCUAGCUUUAGAUUGGAUUAUAUUACCCACAUGAUUCCGACUUAUGGAGAAGAUCCAUUCGCUUUGAAAAGUUCUUUGUCUGGAGAACCCUUGGAAAUUAUUAAGGGAGUGGACAAUAACUUUGAGGAGAUGUUGAAGCGUCUUGAUCUAAAAUAUGGAAGGCCAGAAAAGUUAACAUACACUGUUUUGACUGACAUAAAAGCACUGGAAACAGUUCCGGAAGGAGACAGUAUGAAGUUUAUAGAAAUGGUGGAAACUGUGGAGGGAUGUUGGCUAAUUCUAAAGCGUAUGGGCUUGGAAAGGGAAAUGAAUACUGCUACCAUGAUAUGUGAGAUUGAAAAGUUAUUACCAUCUAUUCAGAAGAGAGAAUGGGCCUUACGGAAGCUUAAGAUAAAGUCUACAGACUUCUCUGAAUUCUUGAGAUUUCUUUUGGACGAGAAGACCGCGAUUGAAUACAUGACUUCAGAUAUUAGAGGUAGUGAAACGGACAGUGUUUCCCGUAAGGGACGAAUACAUACCAUGACAAAUUUACAAGAGGAGAAAAAUGACAAAGUUGACAAUGCAUUUGUUAAUGUUAUACAGAGUCAAAUGCAACAAAAUGAACAGAAAAUGCAACAAGUGAUUGAUGGUCUAGCACAAGUAACGGAUGCUCUUCUUAACGGCAAACAAAAGGGUGUGACGCAUAACACUACCAGAAAUGACAUUCCUUUAAGAAAAAAAUGCUGGUAUCAUGAGACAGAUAAUCACUUCAUCGGAGACUGUACAGGUUUUUCUGCCUUGGAUGGAGAAACAAAGAUGGAAUUACUAAGAAGAAAUGGCGCUUGUUUUAGUUGUUUGAAAAGUGGUCAUCUUUCAAAACGGUGUGUAAACAGAAAACCUUGUGAUAUCACAGACUUUCAUCAACAAAAAUGUGGUAGAUUUCACCACCCAUUCUUACACGGGGCAAUCUUAAAUGCAAGUGCGCAUCAUCAUAACGUGAACAUAGUUAAUGAAGAGCAAGGAAAGAAGGGAGUCAUUCUCAUGAUCAGUAAAGUGAAAAGCAACAGUGUGUCACUAACUACUUUAUGGGAUCCCGGAGCUAAUAUAUCACUUCUGACGUACGAAUCGGCUAGAAAGCUUGGACUGAAGGGACGUGAAGAGCCGAUUGUUGCAUUUUAUUACCGGAGAAAGUUGAUCAGAUUGGAAAUCUCCAAUUGA